UCAUUUUCUCUGGUUAAACCGACAGCUUUUAGUCCAAUGGGAUACAAAAUAAAAUUCACUAUUUCCUCCUCUUUUUGUCAACUCAAUUGUAUUUACAUUUUUUAUUGUGAUAAUUAAUGUGAUUACUUUUUCCUUUUUUUGUUUGUUUGUGUUUUUCUUAUAUUUUUUAUUUCCCUCUUGUCAUCAUCAUCAUCAUCUUCUUCUUUUCCUUCUUCAUCAACAUUCUCUACAUCAACAAUAUUCUGCCAACUGUUUUUCUCACCUACAUUUCUAUUCUCCAUCGGAAAACCCAAUCAACUUUUGGGACUUGCAAACUGAUAUUCAAUGAAUAUAAUGGAAGCUCCCCCGCCAACUCUCCUGAUUCAAAUUCGUAAGGAUCUUGAAAUUAUGUGCCAAGACAUUCAAAGAAUGGUUGGAUCUCUCACCAAGAUGCAAGCUGAUGUUGUAUCAACAAUCAAUUUAAUUGACACCGGAUCAAAACAAGGCCAAGUAAUGAACCCAUUCGGACAACCAGGGAUGCCAGGGACAAACCAUAGUAAUAACAUUUAUCAAGUAACUGGUGAUGCUUAUAAUAAUAAUUCAACACCAGGAGCAGGUUCGUGUGUUGAUUAUAACAAUAAAUUACCUCAGCAAGCAAACAACAACAAAAGAAGUUUACCAAAAAGACAGUUGAAGAAUACGAAAAGCAAUUGUCAUCCUUAUCCACCACAUAUGAGGAAAGCUACAAAAGAUAUGAAUGGGGCCCCUAAUGGUAAUGGUCAAUUUGGUACAGAUGAUAUGCUUUGGGUUCGAAGAUGUUGUUUAUGUCCAUUCGUUGAAAAAUCAAAGACCUAUCAUAUCUACAAACAUUAUGAAAGAUACCACAACGAUGAACGUGAUUCAGUCAAUAAAUAUGUACAAGAGCUUGUUUCAGAUGCUGAAUUUGAAGCAUUAUAUGGAGAAUGGAAAACAUACUCAAACAUAUCUAAAAGAUUGAGAAUUCACAAAAAUAAGCAAUAGAGAUUUUCUUGAAAAGAAAUUAAUCCAAUUAUCAUCUCCCCAACUUCCCCCUCUGUAGAAGUGACAUUUUUUUAUUAGUGAUAUUUUUUUCCAAUUCUCAUCGUAACCGAAAAAGAAGAACAAAAAACCUAAAGAGAAAACCACUUACCAUCAUCUCUCAUCAUCUUUCAUCAUCAUCAUCAUCAUCAUCAUCUCUCAUCAUUAAAUGAUCUUGAUCCAUUAUAAUCGCCCAAUUAGCAGCUACAACAACAAGAACGAUAUUUAAUCGAACUGUAAAUUAUUCUUGUGGAAACAAAACCUUUGUAAACAAUUGGAACAAAAAGGAAACAAGGAAGGGAAAGAAUCUACAGUUAGCAACCAGAUAAUGGAACUCAUGGUGAAUAGCUUAUUCUCACGAAAUCGGCUAUUUGUCCAGUGAGAAAGAGAUUUUCAUUAAUCAGAAUAUGGAUCAUUUUUACAAUCAUGUUCUGAUGAGACUCUCCUUCUUCUAGGAACCAUAGAGAAAGUUAGUUCGAUUAUCUGGUUGUUCUCUGUAUUUUGAUUUUGAAGAAAAGAUCUUUUAAUAAUUUACUUAACUAAUUGAAGAAAAAAAAAUCCAUUCACAUAAUAUGAUGUAAUUUAAUCACGUUUUCAUCUUUAAUUGUAACUUAACAAUUACUAAUAUCAACUCCUGUAAUGUACCAACAUUUGACUGUGUAAUCAUCAUCAUCAACAACAUCAACUUUUCAUCCGCAUCUUCAUUCACACCAUCAUAAUCAUCCUAAUCAUCAUCUUCCAUUUCACUAAAUGAUUCAAAAAAAGUAAGGCAAUUUAAGUUGAAAUCUUUAAUUGUCAACUAAAGAUAUCAAGUGAAUUUAUCAAAGAUGAAUUACACUUGAAAUUGAUUGUUCCAAUGAUUCUAAAUUAAUCUAUUAAUCUAUUACUGUAAUCUCUCUCUCUCUCUCUCUCUCUCUCUCUCUCUCUCUCUCUUUCUUUCUUUCUCUCUCUCUUUAUUUUUUUUCUACACAAUCAAUUAAAAAUAUAGAUUGAUUGUCAAUCAAACAAUUUACAAAAUAAAAAACAAAACCGCAACGCGAUCACAA